AUGACUACUGUCACUGAACUACUGGAUGCCUGGCCCUUGGCCGAUGACAUUCGCAUCAUCCCUCGGCGGGAGAACCUCUUGCUGCAGCCACCACCCGAGACAGCCAUGAAGAUGUGGCGGGAGCAUAGUCUGCUCCAGGCAGUCCAUUUUCCAAACGAGUACAUUGCCGCCGACUUCUCACCCCCCAAAGAUAUCUUUUGUGGCGAUACGUUGCGUCUUGAGUGGCAGCAGAUGAAUGCCCGUCAGCCCUUUUACCACCGCAACGCUGACGUCGACGAGAUUUCCCUCCAGGUCUCCGGGGAGCGCACAUUGAUGACGGAGCUAGGUAGUGUCGAGCUGCGCCCCGGUGACUUCUCAAGGAUACCCGUUGGCGUGGCUCAUGACAAUUUCGGCCGCAAGGAGGUUCAUCUGCUCUUCUAUAUUAUCGCCCCGGUGACUGAUCUUGGUCAUGUCGCCCUUCGAUCCGAGGUAAAGAAAGAAGGACCUUUUCCUGGUUGGAAGAAGGCCACCCCGUCCGCCAUCGAGAUGAUGACCGAAUGUCUUGGAGCCCGUGGGUGCGACAUAGUCGUGUCCAUGGCUGACGAGGAUUUAUUACUCGACCCGUCUCUUGCUCAAUCCACAUCGUUCGCUAGGUCUGGGGAAGCUCUUGUUGUCCAGCGCGCUACCGCUCCACGCGUAUCUGGUAGCCAGCAACAGCACCCCGAGUGGUUAUACAAAUCGGCUACCGUCUGGAUCGGUAACGUCAACCUCGACAAGACAGACGGAAAGGUCUAUAGCCGUCAUCGUCGAGCCGACGCUAUACAGUACCAGCUAGAGGGUUCUCGGACCCUUGUAACUCAGCGUGGCACUAUUGAAAUGCACCCGGGGGACUACAUCUGCAUUCCCAAAGGCUGUGCAUACACGAACAUUAGCAAGGGCACGUGUCAGUACGUUGUGAUAUUGACAAGCGAAAUAGCAUCGGUCAAGGCCCCCUACUGCAAAAUGGCCAGUGAGACCUCAAUGGAGAUGGUGGAAGCGAUCAGGAAAGACGCCGCUUCCUAA